AAGACUGCAUUUAGUACAUGUACAUGCAUGUUAUACGUGCUAGGCCAUAGGCUUAUCAAUAUUCUGAAGACAUUUCUUUGGGCUACAUAUUGACCUAAAGAUCUAUUUUGAAUCAGAUGUUUUUCGUGAUGUCACAAUAACCACCUUAAGAUGGCUGUAGAGUACCUGAACGUGUUAAAUUCCUUGGAUUUGGGGCUUCAUUCCAAGGAACUCUUCAAGAAGACGAUGAAGAGGCGCCCCCUAGGUGACAUUGAAACAAGACAUGCCGUUCGUGCGCCAAGAAAUCCUGUCCUUUCGAUGCGGCUGGUCGAUGUCAGUGAUGUCGCUCAAAAGACGUCGUACCGUCCAAAGUCCUCCUCUGAUAUUGUGGAGAGACAGAGGGAAGAAUUUCAUAGACUAUGUGCGAGAAGUGCAAAGAGCGCAAGUGUGCCAAGACCAAAACACUCCCAAGAAGAGAAUCGAAACAAGCCUUAUACAACUAUAAUCCAGGUGAAAGGUGAAAAUACCCAUAAGGCAAGCAACCGUCCUCAGUCGUGUCCCAAUACAUUACUUACAAGUAGCUGGAGGAAUCCGGCUUUGAAGAGACCAACAAGUGGACCACAGCGGCCUAAAACAAGUGCCAGUGGCUCCUCGACCCCUCAAACGGAAUCCCGCCUUACCGUCCAGAUCGACCCGGAAUACUACGAGAGGUCUUUGGCAAAAAAACAAUGCGAAUCUCAAAUCGGCACACAUCGUAAAGAUGAAAAUCAUAAUCUGAAUGUGGGAAUCUUCAUUCGUGGGAAGAAGAAGGAGGGACAAACAGACAAGGACACGCAGUGGCUCACGUUUGGGGGCGGAGUCAGAAAUAGUGCUGGAGUAGUUGAUGCUUUUUCAGUCAUGAAGAACUCAGAGGAAUACUUUAGUAUUGACGGCCGCACAGGUAUGGUGGUCGCUAAAAACCUGCAAAAAACUGACAAAGUUCAAAUAGGGGUCAAUGGGAGACUGUCAAAGACAACUUCCAGCCGGACUCUUCAGAGCACGCAGAAUAAUGCCAGUGAAGAACAAAACAAAGAGUUUGGGCAAUUGAACGUCGACCUUUGGGAUCUCCCCGACAUGGGCCAGGUGGGUGUAAAGGACGAGAUCAAAGAGCCUGUGCCCCUCUGCUGGUCAGACCAGCUAAAGAAACCAGAGGUCAAAGUCUGGACGGCUAGAGGUGAACAGUCUGAGAAACAGAAACCAAGUGUCAGCGAGACAAAACCAGUCAUAUUCAACAAACUUCUCCCUGAAGAGGAAAAACCGUCUCAGCUUGUGUCACCACGCCGGAUGCCAUCGCCAGAUGGAUACAAGGUACGACAGCGAACAAAAAUACGGAAGUGGCUCGACGGAACGGAUACUAAUUUCAUGACGAUAUUAAGCAUCGAUGCUCGUGGAGAAGAAGAAGAUAAAGAUCUCGAGCUCGUCGAUUACGAAAAACUGAUUAACGAUCAGUUUCAGCCACGGGAAACUGGACGAAAAUAUCCUCGCGAAGGCCCACCGAUGAGAUAUAACGAGAUUAACUCGCGUCGUGUUAUGUCUGGGAACCGGAAACCGUCAGGUCGCAGUACCGCUCGUUCUGGUACAGCUGAUUCGAAUAGGUCAUAUGACCCUAAGAAUCUUGUACGCCCUACAUCAAGGAGUAUCUCUUCUGGGACACUCUCUGGUGGGAGUCCCCUCAAGGUCACACCAGCAAGCCCAACUUCAAGGGCUGCACCAGUGCGGACAAUCGUUACUCAGCCGCAGAAACAACAAUCGCCACAGGCUGGUAAAAUAAUCCGUGGCAAAACUAGCGAUAAAAUGGGGCGUACGCCACCUAGUAUAAGUGCUAAUUACAAUCAGGGUGAUACGAGUUUUAUUCAGAUAACUCAGAGUGUUGGGCCUACUCCAGGACAAGUAGAUGACGCCCAUAUCUCUAACAAGGAUGUAAGUAGUGUGCAUGAAAAUUCAUACACCAUGGAUUUUUCCACGGAAAAACAAGACUUCCGUGGUCCAGGUUACUAUGGGGACACUGUACCUGCUGGUAUGAACACCCCAGUCUCAAUGACCUCACAACUACACAACACACCACAUCCAAUUGAUGUCCCGGCAGUUGAUAUGGUGUCUGAGGGCACAUCUGUGUGCGAGGUUGAUGAGCAUAAAAUGAUAAAUGCGGAAUCACUUCAGGAAAUACCGGAAGCUGAUGAUGCUGCAGAGACCAAGGAUCCUGGAAAUAUUACGGAAAUAAAAGAUGAUGAUGAUGCUGAGGAGGAGGGGGAGUCAAGAGAUGUGAGAAAGAUGAUUCCUGCGCCGAGUCCAGUCGCGCCAAGUCAAGCUCCGCAAUCAGAAAUGGAAGAUCCCUUGUUGAUUGCAAAUAUAACUGAAACUGAAAAAACUGAAAUUGAAGAGAAGGAAUUUAACAUAUCUGUCUCAAUCAAACCUCGUGAUAUGUCUGGGGAGAAUACCCCGGAGGAUGGUUCAGUGCAUAUGGACAGUGGGCGCCAAUCUCCGGAGAAUUGAUCAGCGCCUGUGAUCUAUGUAUAUUCCUGGCUUGUCAUUGUCCUUGAUUUGUAUCAGUACUCUCUUGUCUCUUGCAGGACAUCUGAUUUGCUGCUAAUAGUUGAAUCAUAAGAUAUGCUGAAAUCGUGGUCUGAUUCAGCUUAAAGGCUUGAAAUUAAGCGUAAUAAUUUAUCUUAAAAUGCCUUGUAUUAUCAAAAUUGGUUUGACCUGUGUUGUCUCAAUCAUUAAAAAAGGACCUUGAAUUUAUUUUAAACAUUAGUCUUCGUACAUGUUAUUCUAGUUGUUCCAAGAACAGAAUGGUCACCUAAAGUGUCUCUCAGUUCUGAGUAAGUGCCGAAGGGGAGCUGAGGGAGAGAAAGGACCACCGAAUGGGGGCUUUUGACUGCCUGUCUCAUUGACAAGAGUUGGCACCCUUAGCCGGUGAAAACCAGAACAUAGAUAUGCAUACCCAGAUUGGUUGAGUGACCCUGUAUGUUUGACUUUCAAUCUUUUUGGAUGCACAAUGUCCAUGUCUCUAAAAAGUGUUAUAUAUCGGAGUGUUUGAUGUAGCUCAAGUAAAAAAGUGCAAAAUUACAUUUGUUUAGUCAUCAUAGAGAGUAACUUGAGUCUGUUUUAUUGUGUCAUGUGAAUUUUGUAUAGGUCCUUUUUGGUGUCCUGUCAUAUUUUCUAAAUAGAUCGAAGUGUGCCAAAGCAUGGACUUGAAACUAUUUUUCUAUCCCUUUUGAAAUGUAAAAAAUAGGAAAUAUAUGUU